GCCCCGCCUCCCCCCUCUGCCACCGCCCCUCGGCCCAGCGGGACAGGGCGGGGGCGACCAUGGCGGCCAAGGGGGGCCGCGGGACCGAGAGCGAGGACAGGGCUGUCCCCGACGCCACUCGCCUGCAGGCCUACGCCUGGUGCCGGGAGUUCCUCGCCGGCUCCUGGAAGCUCAUCAAGGCGGAGGAGUUCGGGAUCGAGCCGGUCAGGUACAAAGCGGAACCGGGGAGAUGCGCCCCCCCCUCCGCCCCCUCUGCGGUGGUCUCGGACCUUCUGGAAUCCACCCCAUCCCCAGUGGUCUUCUGCCACAAUGACGUCCAGGAGGGGAACAUCCUGCUCCUGGCGGGACACGAGGCCUCGCCCUCGGACAAGCUGAUGCUCAUCGACUUCGAGUACAGCAGCUACAACUACAGGGGCUUCGAUAUCGGGAACCACUUCUGCGAGUGGGUUUACAACUACACCCACGACUCUUGGCCCUUCUUCAAGGCUUCCCCGGAGAACUACCCCAGCCGGCAGCAGCAGCUGCAUUUCAUCCGGCACUACCUGUCGGAGCACUCGGGGCACCGCGGGGACACCACGCACGAGGAGCAGGCGCGGAUCGAGGAGGAGAUGCUGACGGAGAUCAACCGGUUCGCUCUGGCCUCCCACUUCUUCUGGGGCCUGUGGUCCAUCCUGCAGGCCAAGAUCUCCACCAUCCAGUUCGGGUACCUGGACUAUGCACAGAGCCGCUUCCAGGCCUAUUUCCAGCACAAGGCUCAGUGUUCCUGACCGAGAGAGGCCCCCCCAGCUCUGCCCGUGCCCCCAUUGGGACCCUCUUCCCUCCCAGUGCCCCUGGGAAAGCUGGGACACUGUGUCUCCCCCCUUCCCAUGAGGGCCAGAACAGCUGGGGGGCCGUAAGAACUGGGGGGGCUCUAACAGUUAUGGGGCUGUAACAGUUUGGGGGGGCUGUUGAAACGGUUGGAGGGGUCAUUGUAAAACGGUUUGGGGGGGCCUGUUGUAACGGUUGGGGGG